UCACUGCACGCCAACAUGCCUGAACCAGCGAAGUCUGCACCCAAAAAGGGCUCAAAGAAGGCCGUCACCAAGACCGCCGGCAAAGGAGGAAAGAAGCGCAAGAGGUCCAGGAAGGAGAGCUAUGCUAUCUACGUCUACAAAGUGCUGAAGCAGGUUCAUCCUGAUACUGGUAUCUCUUCUAAGGCGAUGGGAAUCAUGAAUUCUUUCGUCAACGACAUCUUCGAGCGCAUCGCCGGUGAAGCUUCUCGUCUCGCUCACUACAACAAGCGCUCCACCAUCACAUCUAGAGAGAUCCAGACCGCCGUGCGUCUGCUGCUGCCCGGUGAGCUGGCCAAACACGCCGUGUCUGAGGGCACAAAGGCUGUGACCAAGUACACCAGCUCCAAGUGAGGCGUGAACUGAUCUCAACUACCCCAACGGCUCUUUUAAGGGCCACCCAUAUUCUCGUCUAAAGAGCUUUGUUUACAUGUUACGUAUGUCUUGUCUUUUGUUAAAAAGACUAAUAUUUUUUUUAGUAUAUUAUAGUACAGAACACACCGUUGCAGAUCAAGUGAGACUUCAGAGUUAUUCUAAAAUAUUGGUUUAAAAAAAUGCUGAUACAAAAUACAUGCACUUAAGCAUCAUACAUUGGGCUUUAUGCGUAUAGUUUAAAAAAUUCUAAAGGUUUUAUUGUGCAGAACUAAUAAUUGUGCGAAAAUUACCAGGAGUGUGCUUUGUUACAUAUUAACUUUGUUCAAAACGGUGGUAGUGUAUUUCAGGGUUUGUUAAAAAAUAGAACCAUUCAAAAGAACAGCAUUUAUUUACCAUUAUGUUUCAUGAUUUUUGUUAAAUAAUUGUAUAAAACUGUCUCAAACCUGUUUAUCUGCAUGUUAGAAUGAUUUAGAAUCAUGUGACACUGAAGACUCAUGAUGCCAAAAAUAUAGCACUGGAAAAAAAAACAGGAUAGAGAUAGAUAGUUACUUUGUAAUGCAAAAGUAAAUGAGGUGAGACUAAGGCAAAGGCAAAAUCUUUCCGUAAAACUGUAAUUUAUU